AUGUCAUUCCAAAUUUUCAUUUCCAUAGCAUUUGGAGAGAUCCCAGUAAGUUUAGUGACAUAUAUGAUGAAUAAAUUUUCGUUAAAACACUGGAAAAUGACAAUAAAGGUUUGGGCACCUGUUCAGUACUAUAGGGACACAGUUCUUCCAAGCCUUCUAGAAGAAAAGUUUAUAAGGAUUUUACCAUUUGCAAUCCGAUUAUCAUUUGAUGCGCCUCCUAAUGUUCGACGCAUUCCACGUUUGGCAAAUUAUGUAGCUUUAAGAUUUUCAAGCCCUUUAUUGACAAUGGGUCAAACUUUAGUUUCAAGAAUGAAAGACCGCAGUAAAAUCACAUCCACGCUUUCAGGACGGUGUAUCGUUGUCCUCCAAGAUUCUCAAACCACCACCAUCCACAACACAGAUACCCCUCACAAAACGAAAAUGAAACCACAGCAAAUGGAAACCAUCCUCAAUACCCUCCUCGCCCACCAAGAAGCUGAGAAACCGUCACUGACGAACAUGGAGGAGGAAGCUUCAGAACAUCAAAACUACAGAAAGGAACUGAUGGAGCAGAUGGACGCCAAACCGUCAUACGACAACUACCUAAAGAUGCAGCAACUCGUCUUUGACAACAAUUAUGAAAGCGCAAAACUGCUCAAGACCAUGCACCAGAUGCAAAAGAAAUAUGAAGCCCUUAUUGAAAAUCUCAAAAAAGAAGUCAAAAACCUCCUAACGACAAACAUCCCUACUUCUAAUAUGUUUGCGUGCUUAAUGCAUUUUGGUUUACAUAAUCUUUUGUUGUGUUAA